AUGUCUGACUCUGCUCAAUCCAUCAAGGUUCUAGGUGAAUUGUUCGAAAAGUUGUCUGUGGCGACAGCUGACAACAGAGAGGCUACUGCUGUUGAAAUUGCCUCAUUCUUGAAUGGUAACAUUAUUGAACAUGAUGUUCCAGAAGAGUUUUUCAAUAACUUAGCGAAAUCUGUUAAUGACAAGAAGACUGCUGCUGCAGCUUUGGAGACGCUUUGUCACAUCGCUAAUGAGAAUAACUUGUCUCCAUCAGUUGAGCCAUAUGUUGUUGAUUUAGUUCCGGCUGUGUGUGCUAAGACUGGUGAUAAGAACUCUGAGAUCCAAAAUCUAGCAUCUAAGGCUUUGUUAGCCAUCACUAAGAGUAUUGACCCUGUUGCUGUUAAGGUUAUCUUGCCAUAUUUGCUAAAGUCUUUAGGGACAACUAGCAAGUGGCAAGAGAAGGUUUCUGUUUUGGCAGCUAUUUCAGCUUUGGUUGAUACUGCGAAGACCCAGGUUGCUCUACGUAUGCCUGAGUUGAUUCCAGUCUUGUCCGAGGCUAUGUGGGAUACCAAGAAGGACGUCAAGCAAGCAGCUACUGCGACGAUGACCAAGGCUACUGAGACUGUUGAUAACAAGGAUAUUGAACGUUUCAUUCCUAAGUUGAUCGAAUGUAUUGCUGAUCCUCAAGAAGUUCCAGAAACCGUUCAUUUGCUAGGUGCUACUACUUUUGUGGCUGAGGUUACUCCAGCUACCUUGUCUAUAAUGGUUCCAUUGUUAAACAGAGGUUUGGCUGAAAGGGAAACCUCUAUUAAGCGUAAGGCAGCUGUUAUUAUUGACAACAUGUGUAAAUUGGUCGAGGACCCACAAGUUGUUGCUCCUUUCUUGGAGAAAUUGCUACCAGGCUUGAAGAACAACUUUGCUACUAUUGCUGACCCAGAAGCUCGUGAAGUUACUUUGAGGGGUUUGAAGACCUUGAGAAGAGUUGGUAAUGUUAGUGACGAUGAUACUCUACCAGAAGUUUCCCAUGCUGGUGAUGUCACUACUACUAGAAGUGUUUUUGACGAGUUGACCAAGGAUACUACUAUUGAGCCAAGAUUUGCUCCAGUUGUUAACUACAUUGCUGGUAUUGCCGCCGACUUGAUUGACGAGAGAAUCAUUGACCAACAGGCUUGGUUCACUCACGUGACUCCUUACAUGACCGUCUUCUUCCACGAGAAACAGUCCAAGGACAUAAUUGACGAGUUCAGAAAGAGAGCUGUUGACAACAUCCCAGUUGGUCCAAACUUUGAUGAUGAGGAAGACGAAGGUGAGGACUUGUGUAACUGUGAGUUCUCUUUGGCUUAUGGUGCCAAGAUCUUGUUGAAUAAGACUCAAUUGAGAUUGAAGAGAGCCAGAAGAUAUGGUCUAUGUGGUCCAAAUGGUGCCGGUAAAUCCACUUUGAUGAGAGCCAUUGCUAACGGUCAAGUUGACGGUUUCCCAUCUCAAGAUGAAUGUAGAACUGUUUAUGUCGAGCACGAUAUUGAUGGCACACACUCUGAUACCUCAGUUGUUGACUUUGUUUACCAAGGUAACGUUGGUACUAAAGAGAUUAUUGUUGGUAAGUUGAAGGAGUUCGGUUUCUCUACUGAAAUGAUUGAAAUGCCAAUCAUGUCAUUAUCUGGUGGUUGGAAAAUGAAGUUGGCUUUGGCAAGAGCUGUCUUGAAAAACGCCGACAUCUUAUUGUUGGAUGAACCAACUAACCAUUUGGAUACCGUUAAUGUUGCUUGGUUGGUCAACUAUUUGAACACCUGUGGCAUUACUUCCAUCAUUGUCUCACACGACUCUGGUUUCUUGGACAAGGUUUGUCAAUACAUUAUUCACUACGAGGGUUUGAAGUUGAGAAAGUAUAAGGGUAACUUAUCUGAGUUUGUAAAGAAGUGUCCAACCGCCAAAUCUUACUAUGAAUUGGGUGCUUCUGAAUUGGAGUUCAGCUUCCCAGAGCCAGGUUACUUGGAAGGUGUUAAGACGAAACAAAAGGCUAUCGUCAAGGUUUCCAACAUGUCCUUCCAAUACCCAGGUACCUCAAAACCACAAAUCGCUGAUAUUAACUUCCAAUGUUCUUUGUCAUCUAGAAUUGCUGUCAUUGGUCCAAAUGGUGCUGGUAAGUCUACAUUGAUUAACGUGUUGACUGGUGAAUUAUUGCCAACCAGCGGUGAAGUUUACACUCACGAAAACUGUAGAAUCGCUUACAUUAAGCAACACGCCUUUGCUCACAUUGAACACCAUUUGGACAAGACUCCAUCUGAAUAUAUCCAGUGGAGGUUCCAAACUGGUGAAGACAGAGAGACUAUGGAUAGAGCUAACAGACAACUUAAUGAAAAUGAUGCUGAGUCAAUGAACAAGAUUUUCAAGAUUGACGGCACCCCAAGAAGAAUUGCCGGUAUCCACUCCAGAAGAAAGUUCAAAAACACAUACGAGUACGAAUGCUCUUUCAUGCUAGGUGAAAACCUUGGUAUGAAGUCUGAAAGAUGGGUUCCAAUGAUGUCUGUUGACAACGCUUGGUUGCCAAGAGGUGAGUUGAUUGAAUCUCACGCCAAGAUGGUUGCUGAGGUUGAUAUGAAGGAAGCUUUGGCUUCUGGUCAAUUCAGGCCAUUAACAAGAAAAGAGAUUGAAGAACACUGUGCUAUGUUGGGUUUGGAAGCUGAAUUGGUUUCCCACUCUAGGAUAAGAGGUUUGUCUGGUGGUCAAAAAGUUAAAUUGGUGUUGGCCGCUUGUACCUGGCAAAGACCUCACUUGAUCGUCUUGGAUGAACCUACUAACUACUUGGAUAGAGACUCAUUGGGUGCUUUGUCCAAGGCCUUGAAGGCGUUCGCUGGUGGUGUCAUCAUUAUUACCCACUCUGCAGAAUUCACAAAGGAUUUGACUGAAGAAGUCUGGGCCGUUAAGGAUGGUUUAAUGACUCCAUCUGGUCACAACUGGGUUAGUGGACAAGGUUCUGGUCCAAGAAUUGAGAAGAAAGAUGAUGAAGAAGACAAAUUUGACGCUAUGGGUAAUAAGAUUGCCGGUGGUAAGAAGAAGAAGAAGUUGUCUUCUGCUGAACUAAGGAAGAAGAAGAAGGAAAGAAUGAAGAAGAAGAAGGAAUUGGGCGAUGCUUACGUUUCCUCUGAUGACGAAUUCUAA